AUGUACUCUGCCUCGUCGUUGACAGCCUUGAUCCUAUUCGCCUCGUUGACCUUGCGAUCUCCUUUACCUCUUUCACAAGAUGAUACCUCCGAGUAUAGUUAUGGUUCAAGUGAAGUGGUCGGGAGUUUUAGAGGUCCUCUCAAAUCGCCUUCGAUGAAUGCUUCGUCAGCGAAAAAUUGGGGUCAACUCAUCACCCACGACCAGGUACGUGACAACAACUUUUGGAUUCAGCCGCCACCGAGUGAGCGCUUUGAGGUGAUUCCAAUGCUGUGUCGGGUGAAGUGCGUUUCCCCACGCCACACCCAGUCCGAAAACGGCGUCCCGUUAGCUUCACAACGACCACCACGAGGCAAUCGAUUCCCGACGACUUCUUCCUCCUCCGCACCACCCCGAGUCCCUGCUAGACCGAGAGCCUUGACCAGUGUGGAUGGGAGAUUGGAGAGGUGUCGUCAAUUGGAAAGGACUGUUCGCAACCAAGAAAAAAUCAUCACCCUUCUGGAAAAUGAACUGCAGCGAAGGCGACCCCGUGAAAGUGGGAACUCCUCUGUAUCCUCCUCCAUGGACGCCUCUCAUUUGCGUUUCCUCUCGUCUCCAUCACAGCCACCGCAGUCGCAACCACCGUUGUUGCCACUCGGUGCGCCAGCGGACCCGUCAUCGGUGCCUGUGUUGGCACGUCGGGUGCGUAGCCUAGUGCGCGACAUACGCGAGGAGACCGAGGCCUCUCUACUGAGACGUCGUGAGCGCCUGCAAGAUCCACACGAGCAGUACAAAUAG